AUGUGGGACCUCAAUGCAGGACCGCCAGGGAUGUAUCCUUCUAGGGGUCCUAUGCCCCCUUCAACUUUUGGGUGCCCUGCGGUUACCAACCCCAUUCACCCACCAUCAACCAAUCCUGUGUACCUUCCAGGUACCUUUCCUUCUCUGCCUGGCUGUUUCCUAGGGAAUCCAGCUUAUCCUCCUAGUAAUGCUCUUGGCCCUGGGCGGCAGCUAGGGUACCCAGGCUGCUCCCCAGGCCCCUACCCACCUCCUUGCCCUGGUAUGCCUUCUGUGAAUCCCUUGGCCCCAGGGGUAGUGGGGCUAGUGAUGAUUAAGAAGCUAAGGAAAAAGAUGAAGAAGUCUCAUAAGAAAAUGCAUAAACAUCACAAACAUGGCAAGCAUUCUUCCUCCUCCUCCUCCUCUUCCAAUAGUGACUCUAACUGA